AUGGGCUGUUGCAGGUCGCUGAAAGCAGAGAAUUGUCUGGUAAGUUGCAACAGGUGCCCACACUAAAAUCACUGACAAGGUUUGAAUACGUUUUUCUGGUCAGUGCAUAGGAACACCUCUUCGUCAUGGCUCUUUAUGGUAUCUCAGCUUUCCGCUUGGUACGCGGAGCGAGAGCAUAAACGACGCGAAGUACUUGGCGAGGUCUGGCUGGAUUGGGAGAGUGGCAAACUCUCGCUAAUGGACAACCUCAGCAGUAGUAUUCCACACAACACGUCAACACGUGAGGCCUCGCGAAGACGCACUGCACAAUGGAAUAAUAAGAGUGGCGAGCGGCGAGUGAGGAGGAAAGUUGAGAUGUUGAUAGGAAUGCUAUGUGCUGCUUUCGUGGAGGCAGUCGACCUAUUGCAAAUAGGAGAUGUCAGUCUAGGGAAUGGCUGUAUUUGUUGCGUCUCUCAUGAGUGUCUAACAUUGCAGGUUCCGGCCGAUUUUCUCGAGUUUAUGUUAUCCUACUGCUUUGUUCUGCAGUGGGCAACGGCGAAGAAAAAGGUGAGACACCGAGGUUAGCUUCAGCCGAAACAGGUCAAGCAGAGACUUUGUCACGAUCCUAUUGAUAGGUUGAAGGUGGAAGAGAUUCUGAUCAGCAAAGAGGUGCGCUUGUGAGGAUCGUAGGAGAGGCUGCAGGGCUUCGUAUGCGCUUCUAUGCAGGUGGCAGUCCAUAUUUGUCAGUCAUCGAUGGCUUGCCAAAUAAACAGUUGAGGUCUAUCUGGCCGAAAAACCUCACGCAAUCUGACGUCUCCUUAAUCGCGAGAAGCGGCAUGACCCUACACGACCUGCAGGUUUGAAGACUUUGAACACAUACAUUCCUUCUCGUCGUUGUGCGCUACAUCUCUUCUUUCCAGUCGAAGCUUUGGCUGGUGGUGGAUGAGCUGGUUGCCCGACAGUAUAAGUAUGAGGAACUCGCUCGUCGACAAGCAAGGACCAGACAAUACGUCAGGAGCCCAUCAAAGCUACAGUUUUCUACCACCGGCGAGUUGGACUGUUGCUCUGAGAACGUGGAGGGCUGGCGCGAGCCAUAUUGGGCUUAUCGACAUGCCAAAGGCUACACACAGUCACGUAAAGACGGUGCCGCCAAAGGCCUUGAAGAGCACAUAACAGAGAAAAUGCAGCACAUAAAGGUGUCUCAUAAGAAAAGGAACUUCUGUGGGUGCUGCAUUUCUGCGGCUCUAUUUGUGUCUGUUGCGUGUGUCAGUCAUCCGUGCAGGGUAUUGAGAACCGCUGCACUGAGCUGUCGAGCGAGCUAAAGGCCAUGCAAAUUGACAUAAGCCAACGAUUCGAGAUGGCUCGAAAUGAGACAGAGGGGAAUGAAGCGGAGAAGUUACCAAGUGAUGAUGAGCUGCGAGAGUACGUUUUAACUCUUUUUACACAAGCGGCAGACAGAAAUGAGCCUGAGUAA